AUGUCAAUCUUCAUGAUUCAGACAGAGUUGUUGCCGGAAUCAAUCUUGGUGAUCACUAUCUUGCUCAUUAUAUUCUUUUUGACGCCAAACACGGAGCCAGUAUACGCCCAGUUCAAAAGGUUUAGAUCUACAUGGAAUAGUAAUAAACCGAUUCACAAGGUCAUCGAAGACGCAUAUCAUGAGGUCAGCCGAGAAAGUCUCGUCAACGGUCAAGAGCCUUUUGUCGUCACAUGGUGGGCCAAAGACUACCUGAUACUCCCUUCGAAGUAUCUCAGAGACAUUAAAUCUGGUGGAUGGACCCGGCUUAGCUUUUAUCAGAAUAUCAGCGAUGCAUUCCACUUGCACUGUAGUGUGGGCGACUUAUAUUACGCUCUUAAUGCGCAGAAUAUGCCAGCUAUAGUUCAAAAGGGACUGAACCCACGUCUAGCGCAGAUCACGCCCGUGGUUGUAGAAGAGAUAGACUUUGCAUUUGAGAGCAUCCUUGAGUCACACUCAGAGUGGCAAGAGGUCACAGCUAUGCCUUUAUUCUCCGAAAUAGCUCACAGAAUAGCGGCGCGCUUUCUCAUCGGAAAGGAGUUAUGUCGGGACGAACUGUUCAUCAAGCGAUCUAUGAGCAUGCUUCAAUCGCUGUUUGUCACAGCCCUCGUCACGGCCAAGUUGCCAUUAGGACGUUGCCGAAGCUUUUUCGCUCAUCCGAUCAGUCUGUUUCAUCAAUGGCGACUGUGGCAAUGCACGAACAUGCUGUUGCCGGUCAUCGAGUCGCGUAUCGAGGAAGUUCAAAGGACCAGUACAGGAUCUCAAGUUGACGCGAUUCAAUGGACUCUGGACCUCAUCCCAGAGACGUUGCGCAGCGUUAAUCACCGUAGGUUUGCGCACGAGUUGCUCCAUAACCUAUGGGCUGGGAGUGCCGCUCCUGGCGGUAUGAUCACAGAAGUAUUGUAUCAGCUCCUCAUCCACCAAGAGAACUUUGUGGCAAUUAAAGAAGAGAUAGAGAACAGCCAUGCAGAGCACGGGUGGUCUGAGGGGAUGAUCAAUGCUCUUUCGUUGCUAGACAGUUUCAUUCGUGAAACGAAUCGGCUUCUCCCUACAGGUUCGGUGACUGCCGCACGAACGGUUCUCGAGCAGCCAUUCCAGUUCUCGGAUGGCCUGACUCUGCCAGUCGGGACUCGAUUCGGGUUUCCAGCCAAGGCGAUCCAGGGCUCCUGUACGGAGCUUGCAGAUCCGAAAACCUUCGAUGGGCGUCGAUUCCUCACCCUCAAAACUUCAGAACCAUCGGGAACCGCGAGUCCUGAUCAGAAGCGAUGGGGUGCGUCCUCUGUCGACUUCUCAAAUCUAGCUUGGGGUUACGGUAAUCAUGUCUGUCCGGGACGUUUCUUUGCUGUGAGGAUGGUCAAGCUCGUAAUUUCUAAUCUCAUUCUACACUAUGAAGUCAUGUGGGAUAGGGAUGUAGACAUUAGCCCACCAAGGGUCAACAUCGAAGGGCAAUUCGUUCCCAAUAUGUCACAGACGGUUCUUUUAAGGAGAAGGAAAAGAGAUGAGUGAACAAAGAUGCAGAUCACAUUGAAGAAACCGGUGAGAGGGGAGAAACGGCUCCAACCACUAGCAUCUAGACAGCUUCGAAAUGCAUGUGACCAAUAGCACGCCAAUUUGAUCGUUUUACUCUGCCGGUGCUUUGAACUUGCUAU